AUGGCUGGCUCUGACGAAGCAAACAGUCAUCCUGUUGAAGGAAACAAUAAUACUAGAAUAAAUAUUAUUGGUGCUGAAUUACAAGCGAUGAUAAACACAACAGUUGCUCAAGCUGUGGAUAAUAUGUUUAAGGAGCCGAGUAAUGUUCAGUCCAAAACUCAUACAAAGUCCAUAUCACACUCGCAUACUUCGAAAAAGGAUGAUUCUCGAUACUCAUCCAAUCAAAAGAGUGAACCUCAGAGACAUGUUAUCAUUAAUCAAGCUCUCAAGUACAACAAGAGUUGUACUUAUAAAUACUUCGUCUCUUGUAAACCAAGAGAUUUCACGGGAGAAAAGGGAGCCAUCGAUUGUAUGAAGUGGUUGGAUGAAAUGGAAACUGUUAUUGAUAUCAGUGGGUGUGCUAAGGAGGACGUCGUGAAGUUUGUAUCUCAGUCCUUCAAGGGCGACGCCCUAACUUGGUGGAAAGCCUUGGUGCAAUCCCCAGGAAAGGUUCCUAUGUAUAACCUUUCAUGGGAUAAAUUUGUUGAACUUGUGAAGGACACUUAUUGUCUGCAGCAUGAAGUUGAGAGGGUGGAGACUGACUUCCUCACUCUGGUGAUGAAAGAUUUGGAUUGCAGGUCUUAUAUGACCAGUCGUUUAGCCCCUGAGGUUAAAGGAAAUGUCCAGGCUUCUAAGCCUGCUACAUAUAGAUCGGCUGUCGAUCUAUCAUUAUCACUUACUCUCGAUAUUGUGAGUAGUAGGUCAAAGAAAACCACCAAGGAAGGGAAGAGGAAGAGGGAGGAUGACCAGUCCCACCAAUCGAAUAAGAAGAAGAAAGGGAACUCUGGUUCCAAGAAAGGGCAGUCGGGUGACAAGCCCAGAUGUAAAACUUGUGACAAAAGGCACUUUGGAAAGUGCAAUCAGGAUCCACAAGCUAAACCUUGUGGAAUUUGCAAGAAGAAAGAGCACAAGACUGUGGAGUGCCGAAACAUCAAGGAUGUAACCUGCUAUGGUUGCAAUGAAAAGGGGCACAUUAAGACUAAUUGCCCUAAAAAUGCUAAGAAGCCUGAUGUGGAAAAGAAAACCAAUGCAAGGGUCUUUCAGAUGAACGCCAGGGAGGUGCUAAAUGACGAGAACGUUAUAACAGGUACCUUCCUAAUUAAUGAUAUUUAUGCUAGAGUUUUAUUUGAUUCAGGUGCUGAUUAG